AUGAACAUGGCGAACCUACUGAAAACCGUGGUGACUGGCUGUUCGUGUCCUUUACGUAGCAAUUUGGGGUCCUGUAAGAUUAUACCCGGGAAGAAGGAUUUUUUACGAACAUUUCAUACUCAUCAGGCACUGUGGUGUAAAGCCCCUGCCAAACCAGGAAUUCCAUAUAAGCAACUGACUGUUGGCGUCCCCAAGGAGAUUUUCCAAAAUGAGAAACGGGUGGCAUUGUCUCCUGCUGGUGUUCAGGCCUUGGUCAAGCAGGGUUUUAGUGUUGUCGUGGAAUCGGGUGCUGGCGAAGCUUCCAAGUUUUCUGAUGAUCACUACAGAGCAGCAGGUGCCCAAAUCCAAGGGGCGAAGGAAGUGCUGGCUUCUGAUUUGGUGGUCAAAGUGCGAGCUCCCAUGGUUAAUCCAACAUUAGGUGUUCAUGAGGUCGACCUUUUAAAGACAUCGGGAACAUUGAUUAGCUUUAUUUACCCAGCCCAAAAUCCAGACUUGCUAAAUAAACUUUCUAAAAGAAAAACUACAGUUUUGGCGAUGGACCAGGUUCCAAGAGUCACGAUUGCUCAGGGAUAUGAUGCGCUAAGCUCCAUGGCCAACAUUGCUGGCUACAAAGCUGUUGUACUAGCAGCAAAUCAUUUUGGACGGUUUUUUACUGGUCAGAUCACAGCUGCUGGAAAAGUUCCUCCAGCUAAGAUUCUGAUAGUUGGUGGUGGUGUUGCUGGGCUGGCUUCUGCAGGUGCAGCGAAGUCUAUGGGUGCUAUUGUUCGAGGAUUUGACACCAGAGCUGCAGCUUUGGAGCAGUUCAAGUCUCUUGGUGCUGAGCCCUUGGAGGUGGACUUGAAGGAAUCUGGUGAAGGACAAGGAGGAUAUGCGAAAGAGAUGUCCAAAGAGUUCAUCGAAGCUGAAAUGAAGCUCUUUGCUCAACAGUGCAAGGAGGUGGAUAUCCUCAUCAGCACAGCCCUUAUUCCAGGUAAAAAAGCCCCAGUUUUAUUUAGUAAAGAAAUGAUUGAGUCAAUGAAGGAAGGUUCAGUUGUUGUGGAUUUAGCUGCUGAGGCUGGCGGAAACUUUGAAACCACGAAGCCAGGAGAACUUUACGUUCACAAGGGAGUUACUCACAUUGGCUACACAGACCUUCCCAGCCGAAUGGCCACUCAGGCCAGCACCCUCUAUUCCAACAACAUCACCAAGCUCCUGAAGGCCAUCAGCCCUGACAAAGAUAACUUUUAUUUUGAAGUGAAAGACGACUUUGACUUUGGUACAAUGGGUCAUGUCAUUAGAGGAACUGUAGUGAUGAAGGAUGGAGAAGUGAUUUUCCCCGCUCCCACCCCGAAAAAUAUUCCUCAAGGUGCCCCAGUAAAACCGAAGACAGUGGCUGAGCUGGAAGCUGAAAAAGCAGCUACGGUCACGCCCUUGAGGAAGACCAUGACUACGGCUUCUGCGUAUACAGCAGCGGUCCACACAGUUGUCCAGGAGCUGGUCUCUUUGGCCCCCUGUGAUGACUCAGAUCUAGGAACAAGACCCACCCUGGACCUGCCCUGGCUUGGAAGUCUCAUGGCACCAUUGCACAGCCCUGACAGCAGUGCUGGAGGCCCAGUGUCCAGGGUGUCUGCACGGAACGUGUCUCAUUCCCAGAGGCACUGGUUGACUGCAGUUGGUGGGUUGGCACUGAUGGGAGGACAUUUGUAUCCUUCCACAACUUCUCAGGGCCUUGCUGCUCUUGCUACAUUUAUUUCCUCAGUCAACAUUGCAGGUGGCUUUCUGGUGACCCAGAGAAUGCUGGACAUGUUCAAGCGUCCCACGGACCCCCCAGAAUACAACUACCUGUAUCUGCUCCCUGCUGGCACCUUUGUUGGAGGAUAUUUAGCAGCUCUCUACAGUGGCUAUAACAUUGAACAAAUCAUGUAUCUGGGCUCAGGUCUGUGCUGUGUUGGUGCCCUGGCCGGCCUUUCCACCCAGGGAACAGCUCGUCUUGGCAAUGCAUUGGGCAUGAUUGGGGUGGCUGGAGGCCUGGCAGCCACUCUCGGAGGACUAAACCCAUCCCCAGAAUUGUUAGCCCAGAUGUCUGGAGCAAUGGCUUUGGGCGGUACCAUUGGACUGACAAUUGCCAAACGCAUCCAGAUUUCUGAUUUACCUCAGUUAGUUGCUGCUUUCCACAGUUUAGUGGGCUUGGCAGCGGUGCUUACUUGCAUAGCUGAGUACAUUGUAGAAUACCCACAUUUUGCUGUGGACGCAGCAGCAAAUCUCACCAAGAUCGUGGCCUACCUCGGUACUUACAUCGGAGGCGUCACGUUCAGUGGCUCUCUUGUUGCCUAUGGAAAACUGCAGGGUAUCCUGAAAUCUGCCCCUCUCCUGCUUCCUGGAAGGCACUUACUUAAUGCAGGCCUGUUGGCUGCUAGUGUGGGUGGAAUCGUCCCGUUCAUGAUGGACCCUAGCUUUACCACCGGCAUCACCUGUCUGGGCUCUGUGUCGGCUCUCUCUGCUGUCAUGGGUGUGACUUUGACAGCUGCUAUCGGGGGUGCAGACAUGCCCGUCGUCAUCACCGUGCUGAACAGCUACUCAGGCUGGGCCCUGUGCGCGGAGGGCUUCCUGCUCAACAACAACCUGCUGACCAUCGUGGGCGCACUCAUAGGCUCCUCUGGUGCCAUCCUGUCCUACAUCAUGUGUGUGGCAAUGAAUCGCUCCCUGGCUAAUGUGAUUCUUGGAGGCUAUGGUACGACUUCGACAGCUGGUGGAAAACCCAUGGAAAUUUCUGGCACACAUACAGAAAUCAACCUUGACAAUGCAAUUGACAUGAUUCGUGAAGCUAAUAGCAUUAUUAUUACUCCAGGCUAUGGUCUCUGUGCAGCCAAAGCGCAGUACCCCAUCGCAGACUUGGUGAAGAUGCUCGCUGAACAGGGCAAGAAAGUCAGGUUUGGAAUUCACCCAGUUGCAGGCCGGAUGCCUGGUCAGCUUAAUGUGCUGCUGGCUGAGGCUGGGGUGCCAUAUGAUAUUGUGCUGGAAAUGGACGAGAUCAACCAUGAUUUCCCAGACACCGAUUUGGUCCUUGUAAUUGGAGCUAAUGACACUGUUAAUUCAGCAGCUCAGGAAGACCCCAACUCUAUUAUUGCAGGCAUGCCAGUCCUCGAGGUCUGGAAAUCAAAGCAGGUCAUCGUUAUGAAGAGGUCACUGGGUGUUGGCUAUGCUGCAGUGGACAAUCCAAUCUUCUACAAACCCAACACGGCCAUGCUUCUAGGCGAUGCCAAGAAGACGUGUGAUGCGCUGCAGGCAAAAGUGAGAGAAUCCUACCAGAAGUAA